AUGGAUGACACGGAGAGGGACGCCAUCACAGAGUGGAUCGAGGGCGUGGCCACCGAUGAUCUAUCCCCCUCGGGUUCCACACGAUCAGAUAUCACGGCCAACGACAGGUCCCGACAACCGUCAUCUAGUCCGACCCGUACUAAAUCCAAUCUAGCAUCAGCGACCCCAAAAAUAAGAUAUCUUCACGAGUCGGCAGACCCGGGAAGUGAGCUUGCGAGAGAAUUACUGGCAUUGUUGACAGCGGAGGAUAACGAUGGCUGGGAACCAGAAACACACGAAAUCGACAAAGUCUCUGCCGCGUCACAUAAAUGCGAUGCUCAAUUACGAAGCGAGAGCUCAUGGGUUAUUGAAGUCGUUCGCCCGCUACUACAAUGUGCGAUAGGAACACUACCGCUGGAGUGCUGGAGCGUUCAAACGGAAACUGUCGAUCCCAAAUACCAACCUCGAUACACCGCGCGGGACACUUACAGCCGGAAAAUCGACCUCGUGGUCGGUUUCCCAACUGAUGAAUGGCCGGACGAGUACGAAAGAAUGGCUGCGCUGUCUUCAGAUCGAUGUUUCAGCCAUAUCACUCAUCCACAUACCGGAGCACGGUUUCUCGGACCCGGCUUCGAAAUCAAGGCUUCUGAUGGAAACUUGGUUGAAGCGCAAGUGCAACUUGGUGUCUGGAUGGCGGGGCUGAUAACCUGGAUGUGGGAGCGUCGAUGCAAAGGUGCUCUUCCGCCCCCAGUGGUAGGAUGCAUUAGCAUUGGUGAACGCUGGGAUUUUUACAUCAUCUACGGUGUGGAGAUCGUGGGGUCUGCUCGACCUGAAGUACGUGUCUGGGGACCGUUGUCUGACCUGGAUGCUCGUACUGGAAGCCGCAAGGCAACGACGUUGCUGGCUAAACGAUUGCGGCAGGUAAUGAAAUAUACUGAAAGCCAGUAUUUUCAGCAGCUGUUGAAAGCAUUUACUCCCUCCUAA